AUGAAACAUUCUACUCUUGGUAUGCUUUUGGCUCUUAUUACAGGAGCUGUGUCGAAACCUCCCUUGCUUGAAAGGCCACCCAAAGUUAAUGUCAAGAAUGGCACAUACAUAGGGACUCCUUCAAACUCAUAUAAUCAAGACUGCUUCCUCGGAAUCCCAUAUGCACAGCCCCCUGUCAAGAACCUUAGCUUUAACACUUCCCAAUCUCUUAACACGCCAUGGACAGGCAAGAAACCCAUGAAUAGCUACUCCGCUGCCUGUAUUGGAUAUGGUGUCUGCGAGAGUUUCAACAAUGUCUUUGGACGUACCUUGAACCCUUAUAAGCUGUGCCUCUCGCCCGGUGGCAGUGGCGCGGGUGAAGCAGCACAGCUAAGCCUCCGCGGAUCCAUCAUGGGUGUUAAACCGGACAUCGCUGGCUCAGUUCGAGUUCCCGCGCGCUUUACUGGAGUAUACGGAUUUCGGCCUGAAGUUAACCGUCUACCGUGGUCAAAACAGGCAGAACUUGCGUCGAAGGGAUGGCAGGUCGUUCAGCCAACCCUUAGUCCAAUGGCGCGCACAGCACAGGACCUUACGCUCUUCAUGAAGACUAUCAUUCAGGAAGGACAAGUUGACUAUUGGCGUAUGAUCACAAGAUCCCGAUUUUCCCGUCUUCCCGUCUUCUCGCCUAUUGCGAGGACCAUGGCCUCUGCGGUUGAUCGGCUAAGAGCUGCAGGUCAUACGAUCAAAGUCAUCGAGGCUCCGCCGACAAUGAAAGCAAUGAAGAUCGCCAUGCGCUGGUUCGCACUCGACCAAGUGAACCUACCGUUCAAGAUUUUCCAGGACGGCGGCGAGAGCCCGAUAGCGGACCUGGAUGCUAUGGACCCAGGCAAAUUCUGGGACCCGGGCUUUGUCGCGGACUUGCGUGAGAAUAGUGAGAAUAUUAGUAUUAGUGCCGAUAUCUAUGACUAUCGAGAGGAAUGGGCCAAGAUCUGGCGCGAGGCUGGUAUCGACGUCUUGCUUUGCCCGGCCAGUCGUGGUUCGGCUGUUACCCAUGGAGAGUUUAGUCCACUGAUCAUUGUCGUCCCGUUCGGUAAGGCCGAUCAGACUCUUGACUCUAAAGACGGAUAUGAUGCGAGUGUCGUUGAUGAGGGACCAACGGGUUUCCAACUGGUUGGAUGGCGAUUCCAGGAUGAUCAGACGCUCAUGACUACUGAACUUAUUGUAGAUGAAUUGAAAGCCUGA